GCACAUGCAGAGCAUACGCGCAUCCCCCGCGUUGGAAGCUAUAAAACCCGAGAGGGAAGCUCACAUGUGUUUGUAUACAGACGGCUCCGUGCUCAAACGACUCGCAGCUCAAUUGACCCAUUGACCUUGACUCAACAUCCCAAGUCCAGGCAAUUGUCCCUCGUAAUCAGCUGCUUCACCGUCACUCGAAGCUUUUACCAUGGCUUCGGCAUUGCCAAAACGAGACUCGAUGGAAGCUGGCGUCGGGAUACCACUCUCCACGAAAUCUUCCAGCCCCCGACCUGAUACAGAUCAACCUAAACAGAGAGCCAGCCUGACCUCUCUCCCGCCGUCUAUCCGGAACACAAUCUACAAGUAUGCACUCGACACUGAGCUUGUCAACACGGGCUUGUCCAACGUCUCAUACACCCAAUCUCUCGACAGCGCUACCGGAAUGUUGCAGUUCAAAGCUUCGAGAUCGCCCUUCCCCGUCGAGACCGGUCUGUUCUACGUGUCUAAGCUCAUCGGCACCGAGGCUCUGCACUUCUUCUACUCCUCGAACCUCUUCGUGCGCCUCAGCCUCUUCACCUCGGACGCUCGUCACGCAAAGACGAUGCUCAUCGACUCCGGGCUGCUCUUCGCCGCGCCGCCAGUCUCGAUGCUCGAGACCAGCACGCACCACGCGCUCGACGUCGAUCUCAUCGAGAAGAACAGCGAGAAGAAGCGAGCGACCAUCAUGUUCCCCGCCCAGUACCUGCCCCGCCUGAUCAACUUCCUCCGCUCCGCCGGCGAGGUAACCAAAACCUGGGGCAAUACACGCACCCUGCACCUCGCCAUCGUGAACAGCUACUCCUUCCCCACAUCCCGCCUGCAGGGCGAUCUCCUCGAGCCCUUCCGCGUCCUGAAAGGCUUCUCCUCCGUCACCAUCGCGCCCGCACACACGCUCCCACACUACACGUCCGGCCUCAGCAGCUCGAUCACAACCAAGACGUUUGACGCCUCGCACUGGAUCGAGACUGUAACCGAGCUCGCCGACCUCAGCGACGCUGCGCGCGCCACGACCACCGCCGGCGCCGCUGACCACGCCCUCAGCGCAGAGUACGCGCAAGCCGUCGUCGUCGCGCUGACGUACGGCUUCCUGACCUCGGCCGAGGAAAUCCACGGCCCCGCCCAUGCAGAAGAGACGUUCAAGGCCAUCCAGCGGCUGCGCUGGCGCGUCGAGCUGGGUCUCGGCAUCGCGCUGUCGCUGCAGCACAAGAGUUUGGACAGCCACAAGGACUGGCUCACCGACGACGCUGUGCCCGCGCUGCAGCGCAAGGCGGCCGCGCGCGAUCUCCUGCUCGCCGAGACGAGCAUCUCCCGCGCCCUCAGCUUGGCCACGGAUAGCCCGAGUCCCGCGGAGAACCCGUGGUAUCUGAGUCUGCCUGUGGAGCUCAUCCCACCGAAUAAGCCGGGGUGGUUUGAAGAGCAGGAGAGGGCGCAGACGUGGUAUGCGCUGGGCGUUGUGCAUACGAGUCUGGGCGAGUAUCUGUUUGCGGCGGGUGCAUUUGAGCGCGCGCUGGGCAUGUGGGGUGCGGGUGAGGGCGUGGAGAAGGUCGAGGCUGCGUUUGAGAAGGCGCGGAUUGGGAUUGAGAGUGAUAGGGAGGGUAUGUUCAAGGGGCGUGUGCAGCCAGGUAGCGGUCUGCGUCGGGCUGCGCGGGUUGCGAAGAUGAGCGUAGACGAGUAGAAUGGCGUACAUUAUGUAGCAACUCAAAC